ACAGCACAUAAACAUGGCUAAAAAAUUAACAAAAAUUUAGACAUAAACCUGCAAAAAUUCUCUUAAAAUUCUUUAAACUCAAAAAAUAGUUUACAGUUUGACAGGGACUGUACAUGGCUAACCUUGACGCCUCUUACAAGCUAUGCAAGUUUAUAGCCAACUCAGAACUCAUAACCCCGAGGGCUCAGAAAAUUCGCAUUAUGUUAAAGCUGAUUAUCGCUGUUGCAAAAGCAAAAGCAAAAGCAAAAACAAAAGCAACAACAAAGGAUUGGGAAAAUUAUGAAAGGGGCUAAAAAGUGAAAGUGAAAAAUGACUUGGAUAUUGCACCUUUAAGAUGCUUGGCUAGGAAAGAUGAUGGCUAAAUAAAAUAAAAAGCAGACAUGUGUUUGUCACUGCUGCUGGCAAACACAAAUUCUUAAGCAAUUUAUUAUUAGAAAGAAGCAGACGACGAAGAAGCCACGAGGCCGAUGGAAAGAGAUGGCGAAACGCUCAACUACAACAGCAAAGAAAGAAAAAGAAAGAAAACUGAAACUGAAGAGCAAAACAAAAACUGCAGCGGUCGCAGGGCCAUGACAGCUGUUUAUGUAGUUGUCGCAACUACAGUGCCAACAGCAACAUCAUCAUCAUCAUCACGGCAGCAACAUCAGGCGCGCAACAGCAACAACCGACAUGACUCUGGCACACUCUCUAAGCACGCGAUGAGCUUGGGAAAUCGGAAGGAAAGGCAACGACUAUUGGGACAUCCUCUAGGGAUUGGAUCUAUAAAAAUAUUCCCUCAAAAAAGGUUAAAAAAAACGCUGCAAUCGAUGCACUAACUAACUGUCAACUUGUAUUAAAAUCGAUGUAAUCGCAUUAAUACCCAAUUAACCUUACCCCAAAGUGUAUCCUUUGAGUCUGUCAGCUGGAAACUCUAGCAAAAAGUGAGGAAAAACGAGGCGAGUAGAACACAGGGACAAAAAGGACAGAGGCUGCGUGGCUGCUUGGCUGCUUGGCUGCGUUUUUGCAUCGGUAGCCGGGUAGCAAAGAGCAAGGAUCCUGGGAUCUAGGACCUAGGACCUAGGACAACUGAGACCAAAAGCCGCAUUGUGCGAGGCCACAGGAUACGGCUGGGUGGGUUGAGCAUGAAGGCGAGGAAGGGGGAGGGGGACGAGUGCGAGACGUUCCUUUGCUUCAAUUUGCUGUUCUAUUUUGCUAUUUUGCCGCUUCCACAGGCCACAGGGCAACAACGGCAACAGCGGCAACAAGAGAAACAACAGCGAAAGGCGGUCAAAGGUUGCCAGAGUUACAACCAAAUGAGUAAGAUGCGAACAAGAAAAACACCCACAAUCCAGAACCCACAUGCCACAUCCCCCUCCCACACACACACACACACACACACAACAACAACAACAAUGGCAAUCCUGGCAGCUGCUGCUACUGCCUGUUGCCUCAAUAAGGAAUAAUUUGGCCGAGCAGUAAGUAUAAGCCACACCCCCAGCCCCCCCCCCAACUUGCCACCCAUCUGACAUCUCCUCUGCGUUUAUUAUUUGCCUUUCGAAUCCAAUGUAUGUAUGUGUAAUGCCACCGAGUGUGAUUAGCAGCAAUGUUCGAGUCAUAACCGUAAUAACAAGGAUAUGCGAAGGACCCAAAGGACUCAGAAUUCCGAAACUGAGAGAAACUGAGCAACUGAGAAAAAUAGAAUGAAACUUUCCCGCCUGGCCAGACACAAAUUUAUUCGCAAUCAACGCUAUUAAGUGUCAAUCGAGCAUUGCAAUUAUUAAUCAGUUGUCCGUCUCCAAGGAGCCAAAAAGGACAUUGCCCAAAAUGCAAAAAGACAAAAUCCGAAGCCUUAAUUACAUAAUCAACGAGUUUUGGGCCAAGCUCAAGCUAAGGAUAUCCAGGGAUAUCUUUUCAGGAUAUAAUUGUUCGUGUUUGCCGUUAACGAAGACUACAAAUGACUCGUCUCUCUUUGCCAGCUUUUCCAUUUUCAUUUAUUUGAAUAUUUACACGAAAAUGUUUGUUCAUUUUGAAAGGGAAACCCUCCUUGCC